GCGAACACUGGGCUCAUACACACACACACAUACACACACACAUACAUACACACACAUUCACACAGACACACAAUAUUAUCGACAGAUCCAAGUCAGAGUACAGUCGAGGAGAACACGCUGUAGUGUCUGAAAGCCUGUUCUGUGAGAGGAAACGAGAGGAAAACGCAGAAAAAAGAAACAGAGGAAAUCCCCCUAAAGGAAAUGCCAAUCGCAGCCGCUGGACAGCCAACGACUCAGGAGCCUAGAGUGUGCCCCCGACUGCCCUCCACCCCGGAGCCUGUCCCUAAAGGGGCUGAUUUAUUCGACGAGGCGGGGGCGGCGGAGUCGGCGGAGCGAACGGAGUACAGGGGUGCGGAGGGGGGCAGAGGACUUGUGGGCUAUAGUUACAGCCAGAGCGGCGCUAGGGGCUUUGUACAGCCCGGAUCCACCAACGGCUCUCCGCCGCAGUCCCCAGCCGCGUCCUCCUCCUUUCUCUUCCACCCCCUCCACCCCCACCAAAUGGCUAUGGAGCCCCCAAGGACUCGAUCGCGCUCUCGGUCUGGAUAUUACCAGCAGUACAAUGGUGGGAAUGCCAAUGGAAUUACCGGUAACGCAGUCAUGGGAUCUAACCAUCACCAUCACCACCAUCAUCAUCAUCAGCAACAGCAGCAACUCCAUCCACAGCAGCUGCACGGUGCCGGCUGCGCACCACUGGGAGCCCACGGCAGCCACGCAGAGAACCAACAGCGAACCCCAGGAAGUAACGCCUCUACCGGCAUUCAGAGGCUGUCUUCGGUUACCGGAACGCACCGCAUCCCGGCACCAGGAGCUUCUGGUGGGUCGUACCACUGCCACCCAGACCAUGCCUAUGGAGAGGAGAGUGAUAAGAGUGAGGAAAGCCCCAGCCCAAAGCGCCAGAGGCUGUCCAGCCAGUCUGUCUUGGAACAGCUAACCUCAUCCGCCCCACCGCCAUCUACCCCAUCUCCCCCCAUCCGCCCCUGGGAGUCAGGACCCCCAAGUCGCAGGCAGCCUCACCCCCAUGCACACUACCAGGAGAGAUGCCUCACACCUGCCCGGCACAGACGCAGCCCUCCAGCGAGACGCCAGCGUGGCCGUCUCUCCAGACCCACUCGUCACUUGCCUCCCCAUCAUCACCACCCCACCACCCAAGGCCCGGCAGACCUCCAGGAUGAAAACUUUCACCACAACACGCAUCUCUCAACCCACCAUAUAUAUCCGACACAUACCCCCAGUGUCUACGGUCAGGCCCCCACAGCCGGUGGUGGUGGGGCAGCUUCGGAGGAGCCCAGAGCCUUUCACCCUCCUACCUUGUCCCCACGUUUGCUACAUCCAGCUGCCCACCACCACCACCAUCAUCAUCAGCAACAGCAUCAUGCAACACAACAGCAACAAGGAGCCAUGGUCAUGGACUUGCAUGAGCAGCUUCAGCAGGGCAGCGUACCAGUCUCCUACACAGUGACCCCGGUCCCCCCUCAUGGUCUUGCAGCGCCUUUGUGUAGCGGUCAGCACCUUCCCCCUACCUGUUCCUCACAACAGCAGGUCCCUGCCUGCAGCGUGGUCUUCAGCACUGGACAACACUACCACCCGAUGCUACAGACAUGUUCGAUGCAGCAUUUACCAGUGCCUCUCCCGUUUCCCUCACUGCUGUCCAGUGACCCUCAGUUCCUGCUUCCCCCUCCCCCUCACCUUUCUCACCACCCACCUCACCUCCCUACACCUGGACAGUUCCUGCCUUUCCAGACACAACAGCCACGAUCGCCUUUACAAAGGAUCGAAAAUGAGGUAGAGCUUCUGGGAGAGCAGCUGUCAGUGGGUGGAGGCUUCAGCUACGCCCACCAUCACCACCACCACCACCAGCCCCCCUCCACCCUGCCGCCAUCCACGCCGCUCCAGUUCCUCUCGCACCACGACCCAUUGUCACAGGAGCUUUUUACAGUGCCCUACCCCCACUUUAUGCCACGGCGAAUCACAGGCCGGCGUUACCGACCUCAGCAGGCUGUGCCACCAUCACCCUACCACCCCAGUUUCCUGCCUUAUUUCUUGUCCAUGCUUCCUGUUCCCCCAAAUGUAGCCCCCACCAUCAGUUUAGAGCUUGAUGUGGAUGAUGGAGAGGUGGAGAACUAUGAGGCCUUGCUGAACCUUGCUGAGCGUCUAGGAGAAGCUAAGCCUCGUGGUCUAACUAAGGCCGAUAUAGAACAGCUUCCAUCGUACAGGUUCAACCCCAACAACCAUCAGUCUGAGCAAACACUGUGUGUGGUCUGUAUGUGUGACUUUGAGUCUCGCCAGCUCCUGAGGGUCCUGCCCUGUAAUCACGAGUUCCAUGCCAAGUGUGUAGAUAAGUGGCUUAAGGCUAACCGGACCUGUCCUAUUUGUCGAGCAGACGCAUCUGAGGUGCAGCGGGAUUCCGAGUGACCUCAGACUCAUACCAGCAACCAAAACAUACUCAGUCCCUGACUCUUUUUGGAUACCCUAACCCAUCAGCGAACUGGCGUUGUAUCAUAAGCCUCUGCUCGGACCUUUCUGCCACAUUACUGGGACCAGUGCUUCUCAAUCCUUCACUCUACCCCCUCACCCAGACACUGAAUAGUCCUUUUCACCCCAGAGCAGCAAUUAAAGGUGUGGAAACCUUCUACUGACUUUGUCACUUGACUUUUUAGGCCUUCAAACUUAUUACCCUGUUAUUCUCUGCUUUGUACUCAUGUUACAUUAUAUACAAAUGGCCUUUGAAACACAUCCAUAGCAUCAUGUGCAGUUGGACAUUUAUAGCGGUUCAGUCUUCGACCUUAAAAUAAGACUGCUUUGAAGAACGAACUGUAUAAAUGUACUAACAGAACCCAAGGGAGAACUGGGAGUCCAAAGAUAAUGAUCAUUUCAUUGGUAUUAAUCUGGUUCUAAUCUUAGUUAAGUUUGUACAUCCUGGUUUGCAGAGACUGUUUUUUUUUUUUGUUUUUUUGUUUUUUUGUUUUUUUAUAGUCUGAUUUUGACGGCAGUUAAAUGGAAUCUGUUUUCAUUUCUAUGUCUCUUCAAGCAUUCCUCAGUGAAAACUAAGAUACUGUACACUGUCAAAGAGUGAACUACUUUGAAACGGUGAAAAUCAUACUUUAUUUUCAUUAUGUGGUGUCUGUAUACAAGUGUGUGUGUGUGUGUGUGUGGUUGCUCCUCCUCCUGUGGUAUUUAUGUGGACAGCUCGUGUGGGGCAUGUGCAUUGGCUUCCCACUUCCUCCUCCCCCUUUUCUUACUUCAGAUUGACUGAGGGCGUUUUCACACCUGAGGGUCUGGACCAAGGUUCAUGUUUGCUCUCACAUAUAAUUUUGGGAGCAGACUCAUCAUUCAGUGACAUCCCUAUAUCCUUCUGUCAUCCGCUGCAUUUUCUGUGUCUCUUUAAACCUGGCAUUAGGUGUAUGAGGGGCCUCAAAAAGUUUGUGGAAAAAAGGACA